UGUCCGGAGAUCUGCCGCUGUUCUCAGAAGAGCAUCACCUGUAACAGCGCGACGGAGAGCCUGAAGAGCAGGACUCACAGCAGACUGAGCAUUUCCAACACUGGCAUAAGUGUAUUCCCUGACCUGACCUCCAUCUUCUCCCUGGAGUCCGAUUUCAUUCUGUAUAUUUGUGAUAAUCUCAACCUGCGUUUAGUCCCAACAAAUGCUUUCAUCGGAAUGACGAGUGAAUUCAUCACAAUGAAUCUCUUUAACAAUGGAUUUCAAGAAAUAGAAAGCCAUGCCUUCAAUGGAACUAAAAUAGAUAAACUGGUAUUAAAGAACAACAAAUAUCUGCGUGUGAUUCAUGAAGACGCUUUCGAAGGAGCGUUUGGCCCCACUAUGCUUCCAUCUGACGUCACCUCUGGUGAUUCUCUAACACUGGAUGGUCCUCUUGCAUCUGACAUUGUUGGAUUCACAUCAGCUGAGGACACGUUUGGCAGCAUGGACUUCUAUUACCCAGAGCUGGACCUGUGUCAGCGCCGACCGGCCCUCCAGUGCAGCCCAGAGGCUGACGCCUUCAACCCCUGCGAAGACAUCGCCGGAUUUGGCUUCUUGCGAGUGGCUAUUUGGUUCAUCAACGUUCUGGCCAUCGUCGGCAACCUGACAGUGCUGCUUGUGUUAUUCACCAGCCGCUGCAAACUGACCGUCCCGAAAUUCCUCAUGUGCCACCUGGCCUUCGCUGACCUCUGCAUCGGCGUGUAUCUGCUUAUGAUCGCCACCGUGGAUCUCAUGACACGAGGGCAUUACAGCCAGCACGCUAUCGAGUGGCAAACUGGAGUGGGAUGCGGGAUCGCCGGGUUUCUGUCCGUGUUUGGCGGUGAACUAUCUGUCUAUACUCUGUCUACCAUUACCGUUGAGCGCUGGCACACGAUCACACACGCUCUCCGUCUGGAACGACGUCUGGGAUUGAGGCACGCUUCAUCGAUAAUGGUCGUCGGAUGGGUGGUUUGUCUAGGAAUGGCUCUCCUCCCCUUAAUGGGCGUCAGCAGCUACAACAAAGUCAGCAUGUGUUUGCCGAUGGACAUCGAGACGCCUUUAUCCCAAGCCUAUGUUAUACUCCUCCUGCUGUUCAACGUCGGCGCUUUCCUGGUGAUUUGCAGCUGCUACGUGUGCAUUUACACCGCCGUUCGCAACCCCGAGUUCCCCGGACGCGCCGCCGACGCCAAGAUCGCCAAACGCAUGGCUGUGCUGAUCUUCACCGACUUUCUGUGCAUGGCGCCCAUUUCGUUUUUCGCCAUCUCUGCGGCCUUUAAAGUCCCGCUCAUCACGGUGACCAAUUCGAAGAUCCUCCUUGUGCUUUUCUACCCCAUCAACUCAUGCGCAAACCCCUUCCUCUACGCCAUCUUCACCAGGGCCUUCAGAAAGGACGCAUACAUCCUUCUGAGCUCCAUGGGCUGCUGCGAGAGCAAAGCCAACUUGUACCGAAUGAAGACGUACUGCUCGGAGAACAUCAACCGAAGCAAGAGCAGCUCCGGCUCCAAUGGGAACUCCAAAGCUCCUCGCGCUGUUGUGUGGAUGUCCAGCUUUCCUCACGUAACACCUCGACCGCGGAUGCAAAGGGUGUAGGGAAACGGACAUUCAGACUCAUUUAAUUCCAUUAUUUUCUUGGUGUUCUGCCCUUGAACUUUGCUCAAUCUUAUCUGGGAAGAUGAUAUGGUUUUCAGAGGACAAUGCAACUCAUUUCCCCUCUUAUCUGUCAAUGUAUUGACUUACAAUUCAGAAGACACAUGAGUCUUUUGACAGAGAAUCUAGAUGCAUCAAAAAGCCACAUUAUGUGACAAUCUCUACAAGAUCGUUCUUACUUUACAGUGAGGUGGGAACCAUCAGUCAUUUUCAGAAACUCUUCACAUGCUACAAGAGCAUUUUAUCCAUUUGUUGCCUGAAUUCAAUCUGAUUACUGUUUUACAUAAUUGCUGUAAAAAGUUCAAUUUGUCAGUUUGAGGUCUUUUAAUGUGGAAAAGAGUUUCCUUAUUUAAGGUAUAGGCCUUAACUAAGCUAUAUCCUCCUGAGACCCAGCUAUGGAGUUUUUGCCUCUGUAGUGGACAU